AACAUGGUAAUGAGCAAGCAACAAAUAUGUCAAACACUUUGAUCAGAUUAUAUGCUAUAUUGGAUGUCUGAGUGAUUGAGAACUGGCAUUGUUUGAACAUUUUUAUUUUUCAUAGGUGGUCCUGCUCACAUUUCAGACCAAGGAAAACACCUUUUGUUGUGAUAGGUCCUAUGGUCUGAAUAUUAAACACAUUGCCUUACCGUUUGUAAACACACAGGGACACUUAAAAAGACCCCAGACAGACGCAGGGUAGUAGUGCAAGUAGUGAACACUGACAUUCUUGAAUUCACACGUUUUCUUCUCUUCUCCUUCUAGAAUGCAUUUGUAGCUAGCAGCUAUGAUUAUCCAUUGCUACUCUCAUAACAAAAUGGAAGUUUCAUGUCCCAAGCCUAAACUGUACAGUGGCUUUUGUGCAGGUGUUUGCCUACUUGUUAUAUGUUUGGCAUGUCAAGAUGCUGCUAACUCUAUCCUGAAAUGGAUGGGUACGUAGAUUUGGAUAGAAAUGUGAGAUAAAUGAAGAUGAGAUAACAGAAACAUGUCAUGACCUGCCAUCUUGUAGGCUGACAUGUCUAGUGCACAUCGCCUGCGAAGGAGGGAGGGUUCCAGCCUAAUUGGAGAAGCAAAGAGAGAUCAACUCUGAAUCCUGGCCUGUCAGAGAGGCCCUGUAGAGUCAGCUGUUAUUGAUCCACGCAAAGAGCUCAGAGAGCCAAUUACAUCUUGGAACGGUUGCGGCUGCUCCUAUCUCUCUCUCCCUCUCUCUCUGACACAUACACUUCAUUGUUAACGCCCUUUUCUCUUUUUGACCCUUCUGUCUCCCUCCACGUUGGUCCCCUUCACUUCACGGUUUCACUCUGUUUUUUCCUUUACUCCGUCUCUCAUGUUCUCUCUUGGCCUUUACUGUCCUGAGCUCCAUAAUGAGGUAGAGCGCCUUGGUCUCUGUGGCAUUGCAAUGAGUGAUGUGCCCAUUACAGUAUACCCUAUUUUGUGCUGAGAGUCUCCCCCUCCUCCACAGCGAGACUGUCAUUUACCCAUUCAGUAAUUCACCCCAGACCAGAACCGUGUCGGUGAACGACCUUAGUUGACCGUAUCUAAUCUCAGGUUAGUUGAGGAGCAAACCUGGCAACCGUAAAAGCAUUCCAUUGUUACAUCUUUUGCAUUCAGCCCCCAUCUCCUUGAUUUCACUUGAGCCGCCAACACACAUCUGAGAUCAAGGUUGACCGGAGAACAGGGCCUCACUGUAAGAAUUUCUAAAAGAAACAUGCAUUCAGAUUAUUGACAUCAAACAUUGGCAAAUAGUUGAUGUCCCAAGGCAUUUGUCCUCCCCCUGAAAGUGUCAUUCCCCAUUGGGCUUAGAGCCUGAGCAGUAGUACUACAGCCAGGUAAUGUAGUGGGCAGGGGCUCCCAUCUGCUGGUGUGCUGGCAGAGGAAGGAAGAGUGCAGACAGGCUUUUCCAGCGGUGCUGCAGAAUGCUGACGAAGCCUCAGCCUCAGCCUCGUGCAUGCACACAGCUCCUGUCAGAUUAUCACCCCUCCGAGACCAAAAAGUGUUACGCCUUGGCCUCAACUCUUCCCUCUUUUAUUCUUUUUUUUUUUUGUCCUCCCCUCUUGCUCUGGAAUUCACAUGCCCUCUGUUGCUCUGCUGUUGUUUCUCUCCUUUCUUCCUCUCCAUCCAUCUCAUUCCUGUUUUCACUCACAGUUUCGUUUGCUCUCUGUCCCGCCUAGUCUUUUUUUCAUGAUGAUGUCACCCCACACUCCCUGUAUCUCUUUCGUUUUGGGCUUCUUCUUGCCUUUUACUUUUUUUUUUUUUCUCAUGUCGGUGGUGCAAUGUUUCGAUUUGACUUGGGUGAAGCAGAGUUUGGGGCGAGAGCUCCCUUGCACACAAAUCAAACUGAAAUCUCUCAAAAGCCUUUAAACUCUGCGGUCACGUGCAGCCGUUUCUCCUCAGCAGAGAAUUGUUCACUUUGAGUUUCCAUUCUUUCUUCAUGGCACAGUGCCAUAGUGGAUCUCAGCCAAAGUGCCUGUCUCAUGGGUGAGAUUUACCCCGAAACACGGGCCGAGGUUUGGAAAGCGACACAGUCAAACAGCAGGGCUUUUCACUUCACAACACUGAGGCAUAGGAGGUAGCUCAAAACUCCCAACCAUGAAGCAGCCUUUGGGUUAUCAGUCUCUGGUAUUGAAGAAGAUGAAAUGGCCGUGCCAAAAGAUGAACGUCCUCAAAGAUAACAAAGACCUGGCCUGUUUCUAUACCACCAAGCACUCCUGGAGGGGGAAGUAUAAGAGAGUCUUCUCAAUUGGCUCUCAUGGUAUCACCACAUACAACCCCACCACGCUAGAGGUCACAAAUCAGUGGCCGUAUGGAGACAUCUGUGGCAUCACGCCAGUGGGCAAGGGCCAGGGGACCGAGUUCAACCUCACGUUCCGCAAGGGCAGCGGGAAGAAGUCGGAGACGCUCAAGUUCUCCACGGAGCACCGCACGGAGCUGCUGACGGAGGCGCUGCGCUUCAGAACAGACUUCUCCGAGGGAAAGAUCACCGGGAGGCGCUUCAACUGUUACAAGCACCACUGGAGCGACCAGCGCAAGCAGGUUAGCCUGGAGGUCACGCCGGGGGGCAUCGACCAGAUCGACCCCCACACCAAUCGAGUGAUCUCUUCCUAUGACUACCGGUCUGUAGAGGGCUUCGCCGAGGUCUCCGACUACCAGGGCGGCUUCUGUAUCCUCUACGGUGGCUUCAGCAGGCUGCACCUGUAUGCGUCAGAGAACCGCGACGAGAUCAUCCGCAGUGCCAUCGAACACGCCGGUAACUACAUCGGCAUAACGCUGCGGCUGCGCAAGGACCCGCUCACCUUCGAGGGCUUUGUCGGCGAGCGCCUGGGCAAGUACGGCUCGGACGAGUGCAUCACCUCGCUGGCCGAGUUCGUGGUGCAGAAGAUCUCCCCUCGACACAUGGAGCCCAUCAAGAGGAUCCUAGCCCUCACAGAGACAUGCCUUGUGGAAAGAGACCCUGCCUCUUACAACAUCGUCACCGUCAAGCCCUUUGAAGAGGUGUUUGCGCUGGUCUGUGAUGAAGACAACCCUCAGGUGUUCUACGUGGAGUUCAUCCGAGGACAGAUCCGCAAGUACUGCUCCACAGAAAGGGACUCUUUGCUGGCGAGCCUGCUGGACGGGGUGCGUGCGUCGGGGAACCGGGACGUGUGUGUGAAGAUGGCCCCCACCCGGCGGGGCCAGCGCUGGGGCCUGCUCAGCAUGCCCGUGGAUGAGGAGGUGGAGAGCCUGCACCUCAAGUUCCUGGCCGCCCCACCGAAUGGGAACUUUGCAGACGCUGUGUUCAGAUUUAACGCCAACAUCUCUUACAGUGGGGUGCUGCACGCCGUCACCCAAGAUGGCCUGUUCUCGGAGAACAAGGAGAAGCUGAUCAACAACGCCAUCCUGGCCCUGCUGUCCCAGGAGGCUGAGAUGACGGGGCCCAACGCCGAGGUGGAGAGCCAGUUCCAGGCCCUGCGUCGUCUGGUGGCCUCCAAGGCCGGCUUCCAGGCCUUCACCCAGCUGCCCCGGUCUGGUCAGGUGGCUGGGCCGGAGCAUCGAACGUUCCGGGAAAAACUUGGCGUGAAGACCGUGAAGGCCUUGAAAAGAAACAACAACGGCGUGACCCAUGCUGCCAUAGACAUGCUCUGUGCACUUAUGUGUCCCAUGCACGAUGACUAUGACCUCAGGCAAGAGCAACUGAACAAAGCCUCUCUGCUCUCCUCCAAGAAGUUUCUGGAAAAUCUACUGGAGAAGUUCAUCAGCAAUGUGGAUCACGGCACAGGUGCUCUGGUCAUCAGUUCUCUCUUGGACUUCCUGACCUUUGCCCUCUGUGCGCCGUACAGCGAGACCACUGAGGGCCAGCAGUUUGACAUGCUGCUGGAGAUGGUGGCCUCCAACGGACGCACACUCUUCAAACUCUUCCAGCAUCCCUCCAUGGCCAUCGUAAAGGGGGCAGGCCUGGUCAUGAAAGCCAUUAUUGAGGAGGGGGAUAAGGAGAUCGCCACUAAGAUGCAGGACCUAGCCUUGAGUGAAGGAGCUCUGCCCCGCCACCUGCACACGGCCAUGUUCACCAUCAGCUCCGACCAGAGGAUGCUGACCAACAGACAAUUGAGUCGUCACCUGGUUGGCCUGUGGACAGCGGAGAACCCAACUGCCAUGAACCUCCUGAAGCGGAUUCUGCCCACAGGUUUACUGGCGUACCUGGACAGCUCAGACCCCGUGCCGGAGAAAGACGUUGAUCGUAUGCACAUCCGCGAUAACGUGAAAAUAGCCACGGACCAGUACGGGCGCAACAAGGUGCCCGAUUGGCAGAGGGUGGCUGGCAAAGCUGCUAAAGAGGUGGAGAAGUUUGCCAAGGAGAAGGCUGACAUUGUGCUCAUGCACUGGAGGGACAAGAUGGGCAUCGCUCAGAAAGAGCAGGACAGGAAUAACCUGAACCCCAACCAAAAACCAGUCAUCCUCCGGAAGAGAAGGCAGAGGAUCAAGAUCGAAUCCAACUGGGAGCUCUUCUACUACAGGUUUCAGAACGACCACGCCCGCCCCAACCUCAUCUGGAACUUGAAGACGCGUGAGGAGCUGCGGGACGCCCUGGAGGGCGAGAUGCGUGCCUUCGGCGUGGACCGUGAGCUGGGCAACGCCAGCGUCAUCUCCUGGAACCAUCAGGAGUUUGAGGUGAAGUACGAGUGCCUUUCGGAUGAGAUACGGAUCGGUGAUUACUACCUACGGCUACUCUUGGAGGAGGAUGAGAAUGAGGAGAGUGGGGCCAUCAAGAGAUCGUAUGAGUUCUUCAAUGAACUUUACCACCGUUUUCUGCUGACACCCAAAGUCACCAUGAAGUGCCUGUGUCUGCAGGCCCUGACCAUAGUCUACGGCAAAUGCUGUGAGGAGAUUGGACCGUUCACUGACACCAAAUAUAUUGUGGGCAUGCUGGACCGGUGUACUGAUAAACUGGAAAGAGACAGGCUUAUCCUGUUCCUCAACAAACUUAUUCUGAACAAGAAAAAUGUGAAGGAGGUGAUGGACUCCAACGGUGUGCGGAUCCUGGUGGACCUGCUUACCCUCGCACACCUGCACACUAGCCGAGCCACUGUGCCCCUGCAGAGUAACGUCAUUGAAGCUGCUCCAGACAUGAAGAGAGAGAGUGAGAAGGAAUGGUACUUUGGGAAUGCAGACAAAGAAAGGAGAGGUCCUUUCAGCUUUGAAGAAAUGCAGGAGUUCUGGAACACGGGCACGCUGACGGCGAAGACGCGGUGCUGGGCGCAGGGCAUGGACGGCUGGCGCCCCCUGCAGGCCAUCCCACAACUGAAGUGGUGCCUGCUGGCCACGGGGCAGGCCGUCAUGAACGAGACCGACCUGGCCACGCUCAUCCUCAACAUGCUCAUCACCAUGUGCUCCUACUACCCCAGCAGGGACCAGGAUAACGCCAUCAUCAGGCCGUUGCCCAGAGUCAAGCGCCUGAUCACCGACAACACCUGCCUGCCUCACAUCGUACAGCUGCUGAUCACCUUUGACCCCAUCCUGGUGGAGAAGGUGGCCAACCUGAUGUACCUGGUGAUGCAGGACAACCCCAACCUGCAGAGGUUCUACCUCACGGGCGUCUUCUUCUUCAUCAUGAUGUACACCGGCUCCAACGUGCUGCCCGUGGCCAGGUUCCUAAAGUACACACACCUGAAGCAGGCCUUCAAGUCAGAAGAGGCUAAGGGUCAGGACAUAGUGCAGCGCAGUGUGCUGGGCCCAGUGCUUCCUGAGGCCAUGGUGUGCUACCUGGAGAACUACGAGCCUGAGCGCUUCUCGGAAAUCUUCCUGGGGGAGUUUGACACCCCUGAGGCCAUCUGGAGCAGUGAGAUGAGGCGGAUGAUGAUUGAGAAGAUCGCUGCACACCUAGCUGACUUCAGCCCUCGUCUCCAGAGCAACACGCGGGCGCUGUACCAGUACUGCCCCAUCCCCGUGGUCAGCUACCCUCAGCUGGACUACGAGCUCUUCUGCAACAUCUACUACCUCAAGCACCUGUGCGACGCCACACGCUUCCCCAACUGGCCCAUAAGAGAACCCGUGAAGCUACUGAAAGACACGCUGGAGGCCUGGAAGAAGGAGGUGGAGAAGAAGCCCCCCUCCAUGUCUGUGGACGACGCCUACGAGGUGCUCAACCUGCCCAAAGGACAGGGCCAGCACGAGGAGAGUAAAGUCAGGAAGGCCUACUUCCGCCUGGCUCAGAAAUACCAUCCAGACAAGAACCCAGAGGGCAGGGACAUGUUUGAGAAAGUGAAUAAGGCCUACGAGUUCCUCUGCUCCAAGUCGGCACGAAUCGUGGAUGGACCUGACCCCGAGAACAUCAUCCUUAUCCUCAAAGCCCAGAGCAUUCUCUUUAACAGGCAUCGCCAAGAACUGGAGCCCUACAAGUAUGCCGGCUACCCCAUGCUGAUCAAGACCAUUACCAUGGAGACGGGUGACAAUCAGCUGUUUUCCAAGACCUCACCCUUGUUGCCGGCGGCAGCAGAGCUGGCAUUCCACACGGUCAACUGCUCCGCCCUCAAUGCCGAAGAGCUGCGCCGCGAGAGUGGCAUUGAGGUUCUGUUAGAGGCGCUGUCUCGUUGUGUUACCGUGCUGACCGCCUCGAGCAAGCCUGAUGACAUGGCCGUUCAGGUGUGCGGGCACAUCUGUAGGUGCUACAGUGUGGCGGCUCAGUUUGAGGAGUGUCGGGAGAAGAUCAUCGAGCUUCCCAACAUCAUUAGGGACGUCUGCCACAUGCUGUUCUAUGGCAAGGGUCUGCCCCGGCUGGCCUCUCUGGCGGUGCAGUGCGUCAGCUCGUUUGCCGUGGACUUCUUCCUGCAGACGCACCUGUACCACGCCGGCGUGCUGUGGCACCUGCUGCCUCCGCUCUUCAACUACGACUACACGCUGGAGGAGAGCGGCGUGCAGGCAGACCAGGACACCAACCAGCAGGAGGUGGCCAAUAGCCUGGCCAAGCUCAGCCUGGUGGGCCUGGCCCGCCUCGGGGGCUUCGGCAGCAUGGCGGGGGGCCACGAGGAGGGCACCGGGGGACAGCCCAACGGUCUGGACGGCCCGGGAGGAACGCCGCCAGAGAACCCCACCAUCAGAAAGAGCCUGGCGGCCAUGCUGACGCCCUACAUUGCCAACAAGCUGGCCACUGGAGCUCCAGCAGAGGUGCUGAAGCUGCUGAACAGUAACUCUGAGAACCCCUACCUGAUCUGGAACAACGGAACACGUGCAGAACUGCUGGAGUUCCUGAUGGAUCAGCAGGAGAGCAACAUCAAGAGGGGCGAGUGUGACAAGAGCUUUGGUGCCGAGUUUGUGUUCGGUGAUCACGGCAAAGAGCUGAUCGUUGGGGAGAUCUUUGUUCGUGUUUUCAACGAGCAGCCGACCUUCCCUCUGGAGUACCCCAAGGCAUUUGCGGCCAGCCUGCUGGACUACGUGGGCUCCCAGGCCCAGUACCUGCACACGCUGCUGGCCAUGACCCAGGCCAGCAAGGUGGAGUCGCAGCAGCACGCUCAGAGGCUGCGCUGGGCCGAAAUGGCCCUUGAGGCCCUCAGGAACGUCAUCAAGAACAACCCUGGCUCAGAGACCGAGUGCAUCGGCCACUUCAAGCUGCUCUUCUCCCUGCUGCGAGUGCACGGGGCAGGCAAGGUGCAGCAGCUGGCGCUGGAGGUGAUCAACACGGUAACCUCCAAUCAGGACUGUGUCAGCAACAUCGCAGAGUCGUUGGUUCUGUCCAACCUGCUUGUGCUGCUUCACUCCCUACCCUCCAGCAGACAGCUUGUCCUGGAAACCCUGUACGCCCUCACCUCCAACACCAAGAUUGUCAAAGAGGCCAUGGGCAAGGGUGCGCUCAUCUACCUGCUGGACCUCUUCUGUAACUCCACCCACCCACAGGUGCGCUCGCAGACGGCCGAGCUCUUCUCCAAGAUGACCUCAGACAAGCUGGUGGGACCAAAGGUGCGCCUGACUCUGAUGCGGUUCCUGCCGGGGGUGUUCAUGGACGCGAUGCGGGACAACGCUGAGGCAGCCGUGCACAUCUUUGAGGGGACACACGAGAAUCCCGAGCUCAUCUGGAAUGACGGCUCACGCGAGACUGUCUCCACCACUAUCAGAGAGAUGAUGCUUGAGCACUUUAGACAGCAGAAAGAUAACCCAGAUGUCAACUGGAGGCUGCCGGAGGACUUCACGGUGCCUUACGCAGCGGGGCAGGGGGAGCUGGAGGUGGGAGGAGUCUACCUCAGAAUCUUCAUCGCUCAGCCGGGCUGGGUGCUGCGCAAACCCAGAGACUUCCUGGUGUCUCUUCUGGAGACCCUCACCGAACUGCUGGAGAAGAACAACCCCAACGGCGAGGCCUUGGAGACGGUAACCACGGCAGCGGUGUGUUUAUUCAGCACGCAGACGCAGCUGGCUGAUCAGGUGCCUCCGCUGGGUCACCUGCCACGGAUCCUGGCUGCACUCAACCACAAGAACAACGCCGUACCCAAGAGCUCCAUUCGCCUCAUACACGUGCUGUCUGACAACGAGUUGUGUGUACGCUCCAUGUCAGCUCUGGAGACGAUUGGUCCUCUGAUGAGUGGGAUGAAGGCGCGGGCUGACAUGGCCGGUCUGGCCUGUGAGGCUCUCAACCGCAUGUUCCAGAGAGAACAGACUGACCUCGUGGCUCAGGCCUUGCGGGUGGAACUGGUGCCCUACCUGUUGCGUCUGCUGGAAGGGAUUGGGCUGGAGACUCUGGACAACCCCGCAGCCAUUAAAGCCCAAAUCGUCAAGGCCCUCAAGUCCAUGACCCGUAGCCUCCAAUAUGGAGACCAGGUGAAUGAUAUCCUUUCUCGUUCCACUGUGUGGAGUGCCUUCAAAGACCAGAAACAUGACCUCUUCAUCUCAGAGUCACAGGCUGCUGGAUACCUGACAGGUCCCGGAGUGGCAGGUUACCUGACCGCAGGCAGUGGAGCCACUGUGAUGUCCAAUGUCCCCCCCCCGGUGGACAACGACAUUGGAGACCUGGGCUGAGCGCGCGUCCAGACCCCCCUGCUCCCACCACAACUGUAACCUGCAAGAUGGACACUUUGGCUUCCGCCGGUCGCCCUCUCCCCCUUACCUCACCUCCAAAGUGACACUUAAAGACAGGCUCUGUCCUCAACUCUUGAGGGAAGAAGAGGAGGAGGAGGAAGAGAGGAGAGACCUCAUGGAAAUCUGUAAAAAACUCAAAUCAAAAUCUGAAAGGCAGGCGAAUGAGAUGGGGCUGUUGAUGCCCACCCCACCAAAUGUCCUCAAAAUGUCCUCCACCAAACACAGACACACACACACACAAAAUGUCUGCCGCCAGACACAGCACUGGUCGUCUUCAGUGAUUACUUAACUUCGUUUUAACUUUAUUUUCUCAGCUUCCUUAUGCUUUUGUUUGUCUGUUUGUUAUAUGAUUUACUUGAACUCUUCAUGUUUUUUUUUUUUUUUUUUUUUCUCUCUGGAAGGAAAAUAGUUUACUUUUGUAUGAGUAUAUUUUUUACAAUUGGUUUCUGUGCGUGGAAACAAGGCCACGAAAAGACUGAGAAUCAUUAUCAUGUCUGUUUCUCCACUCUUCUGCCCUCUCCUCUCCCUCCAAAAGGGCCGCCUCCCUUAUCACCAACUUGACCACUGGACAGGAGCCACAUAUCUCAUCCCUGAGACUCUUCCACAAGCUUUCACUCCUCCACGGACCUGUCCGAUGAUUAUUGCUUCUCAUGAUUUUUUUUUUUUUUUAAAGACCUUGUUUUAUAGUGUUGUGCGAAUGUGGUUCAAAGAAAGCUGGGAAGAACAAAAAGAAGGAGCCUGUGUAAUGAAGGGAUGCGUCAUUGCGCCCUUUCCCCCCAAGAUGGUGCCGCGCUCACUCGGACAGCUGCUCUAAACGCAGGCGGCCCAUACAGUGGUCUCACAUCUCACUCUCACCUGAUUCUAAUUGUGAACUUGUCCCCAUCACUCUCCCUUUCCUUCUUUAUAAUGAUUUUUUUUUUUUCUAUGCUCUUUUCUCUCUCCAGGACGCAAAAAGCACUAGAAUAUUUAUGCCCUCUCGUGGACCUCUUGAGGAUGAGUGAAUGACUGAUGACUGAUCUCUUAAUGACUAGUGCAAUUUGUGAGAUGUUCUAUGUAAUAUGCCGUAUAUAAACUUUCUAUAUUGAAUGUACAUUAAAAAGAAAAAAUAAAUCAGUCGCACUUGUACAUAAAAUUUUAAAAAUAAAAGGGAACUCACAAUGUGCUGUUUUCAUUUCAAAUCUA